AUGAGUAGUAGUACCACAUUAACAGCUGGUAUUCAACUGGCAACUGCCACUGCGGUAGCUACAACGGCUGUUAAGGAUUUAGACUCUUUGUACUCUUAUAUUCCUUCCGAAAGCGGUAAUUUCGCCUUUGCAGUUUUGUUUGCCAUUGCGAUGGCGGCUCAUGUUGGUCUUGCAAUGUGGUACAAACAACGAUGGACAGGGGUUACUUUCUUCUUUGGCUUAGGUUUUGAAGUCAUUGGGUAUGCUGCCAGAACCUUAGCUCACGAUAAUCCUACUAAAGAUGGUGAAUAUUUGACACAAAUCACCUGCUUAACGAUUGCUCCAUGUUUCAUCAUGGCGUCUUAUUAUUACCUACUUGGGAAAUUGGUAAUGAUUUAUGGACCACAAUUCUCUAUGAUUCCCCCAAUCUAUUAUUCUUAUAUAUUUAUUAUAAGUGAUAUCAUUUCCCUUGUGUUGCAAGCUGCUGGUGCCGCCUCUGCCGCUGAAGCUUUGGUAAACCAUAAGGAUACUCAACUAGGAACCAACAUCAUGGUAGGGGGUUUAGCAUUCCAGGUAGCCAGUAUGACGGUGUUUAUAUUCUUUUGGGGUUAUUUCUUCUAUAAUGUUUAUUUUAAAUCUUCUGAACAAGGGAACCAUUCGAAUCACCAAUUGACAAUUUGGAAUUUCUCCAAUACUGAUUAUAAGGACGAGAUUUUCAACCCACAAUUCGCACAUGUGAGAAAACAUAAAUUGUUUAAAUGGUUUCCAUUUGCAGUGUCUUUUGGAACCAUUGCCAUAUAUACCAGAUGUAUCUACAGAGUUAUUGAAUUGGCAGAAGGUUGGGGUGGAUUCUUGAUCACCCAUGAAAUCUAUGUUUUUGUUCUUGAUGGGUUUAUGAUCUUGUUGGCAUCGUAUAUUUUGUUGCCACCAUUCUAUCCAGGAUUUAUAUUUGGAAGAAACACCAAAAUUGUGGUUCCAAAGUCUUUAAAGUUCAGCGUACCGAGAGAAGGAAUAAAUAUGCUGAGGCCAGUCGAGGACAAAGUUUCACUAAUCAGAAGUGAUAAUGGUGAAAGCUUCUAG